AGAGUAAUAAUAAUGGAAUGCAAGUAAACAAGGAGAGAGAGAGAGAGAGAGAGCUUCGUUGAUCGUGUGGAUUAGAUAGAAAUGAAAUGGAAUCACUAGACUUGAGUUUUGAAUGAUAUUGAAUGUGGAAACGCCCUCGUGAUCACCGUCGUACCCCUUUUUUCAUCGCUGUCGCCAUCGUGGUCAUUAUCGUAGCGAUACCGGAAGUGAGGGAUCGUACAAACCCCCCGUGUGCUGUUUUCCUUUACCCCCCUUUUUUUGCGCCCCCUCGCCCGAGCGAGUUGUAUGCUCUAAUCAACAUAUGUAACGUGACAAGAUUCGUAGUCUCCAGUAUCGUACCUCUCAUACCCCUCUCGUACCACUUUUGGCGUGUUGGUCGUAUGCGCCUUUCAUCUCAUCGGCCGCUGUGUGCUUCGUGAACAUCCUCGUACGAGUUCGUAGAAGUCGGGAAGUGUGAUAAUAACAAAGAAAAUGACGUUUAAAAAGCUCGUGUAGAGCAUUGAAAAAGCAGGCAGACUGU